UUAAAAAACCCCAUCACCUGUGAGUUGUGAUCCAAACCCUCUCUGUCUCUAAACAUUACCCGACUCUUUUUAUAUUUCACAUUUACUGGUUUUCCGCUCCUCGUAUAACAAACUCGAUAUUUUCCGUUUGGACCAAAAAUACUACAACACACUAUAAAAUUACAUAGAGAGCCCUCCGAUUUACCAGUGAUGCCGAUGGCGGCAGGUUUAGCAUCGCCAACUGAUCGAGCUCCAGCUAUGGGGCCUACUGGAGUCAUACCCUCACCGCCGGUAGUGAUGAUGUCCGAUGCUUUCGCGAAAGACGCAAUCAUAGCCUGGUUUCGGGGUGAAUUCGCUGCGGCAAAUGCCAUCAUCGAUGCUCUAUGUGGACACUUGGCGCAAGUGAAUGCCAGUGGAGGUGAAGGAUCUGAUUACGACCAGGUUUUUGCAGCGAUUCAUCGGAGGAGGUUGAACUGGAUCUCAGUGUUACAGAUGCAGAAGUACCACUCGAUUGCUGAGGUGGCUGUCGAGUUGCGUAAAGUCACAGAGAAGAAAUUAGACAAGAAGGAAGGCGGUGAUCAGAAGAAGAAGGUUGAUGAAAUUAAGGAAUGUUUAAUCAAUGAGAAAGUGCUAGAAAAUGACGAGAAAAUUGCAGAGGGCGAGAAAAAGUUUGCAGUUGAAGAGGUAUCGGUAGUGGAAGAGGACGAUUCACCGAACAGCGAUAUCACUGAUUCAGGAUCUCUAGAAAUGCAGCCCCCAACUGAAAAUAUUGAGAUAUGUUCAAACCACGAGGACUGUGAUGAAAGACGUUCCCAAAUUAACUUGACAAAAGGAUUUACUGCCAAGGAGCAAGUGAAAGGACAUAUGGUGAAUGUUGUGAAAGGAUUGAAGUUAUAUGAGAACUUGUUCACAGAUUCAGAGCUCUCUAUGUUAACUGACUACGUGAAUGAACUGCAACUUGCCGGCCAAAAUGGAGAACUUUCAGGUGAGACCUUUAUUUUGUUCAACAAGCAGAUGAAGGGAAACAGGAGAGAGUUAAUUCAGUUUGGUGCUCCAAUUUUUUCACACAUAAAGGAGGAAGCCGCAAGUAACAAUGAAUUGGGUAAUAUAGAACCAAUUCCAGCUCUUCUUCAAUCAGUCAUUGAUCACCUAGUCCAGUGGCAACUGAUACCAGAGUACAAAAAACCAAAUGGUUGCAUCAUAAACUUCUUCGAUGCGAGUGAAUAUUCACAACCUUUCCUGAAACCACCUCAUUUGGACCAACCUAUCUCUACGCUUCUUCUGUCUGAAUCAGCAAUGGCUUUUGGACGUAGUCUUGUGAGUGAUAAAGAUGGGAACUAUAAAGGGCCACUCAUGCUUUCACUGAAAGAAGGGUCACUACUAGUCAUGAGAGGAAACAGUGCUGACACAGCAAGGCACGUCAUGUGCCCAUCUCCUAACAGAAGAAUCAGCAUUACAUUCUUCAGAGUCCGACCUGACUCCAACCAAAGCCAGUCACCGCCAACUACUCCAACCGGUCCGCUGAAUGGUGCCAUGACUUUAUGGCAACCGGGCAUCACAAGCCCAUAUCCANAUAUAAAUAUAAAUGACACGGCAGCAGCGUCAUUGAAAGCCAAAGGAUUGACGUCCCAAGGCCUAGAAGUUUUGGUGGCUCACGCAAGGCACAAGAGGUUGAUAACAUUCCUGUGGGGACUAGACAAGUACUCGGGGCCGUACAUGUCACGGAGGAAAGCUCGAGGAUUGAAACUGCAGUCCUUUAUCUCACAGACACCGCAAGGUUGUGGUGGAGGAGACGAGAAGGAGACAUCGAAAAAGUUUUACCCGGAGAAUGCCGAGGAUGAGGCAAGAGCUCGCUUGCGACGGAUCAAGCAAACAGGGACGAUCCAUGAUUAUAUCAGGGACUUCACUGACUUGAUACUGGAGAUCCCAGAGAUGUCCGACAAGGACUCGCUCUUCAAUUUCAUGGAUGGGUUGCAAACAUGGGUGAAAACAGAGCUGAGGCGUCGGGGAGUGCAAGAUCUUGCCACAGCCAUAGCAGUUGCUGAAAGUUUGAUUGAUUACAGCACCAAAAAAGAAUCCAGUAGCAAAUCCAAAGAUAAGAGGAGCAGCUUUGUAAAGGUGCGGGAGACAGGGGGCAAUCGAAAGAAAGCAACCGAGACACCCGCCAAGAAUCCUCAUCCAAAGGCAAAGACAAGGGCAAACGUUGGGACAAGGGCUCCAACAAACCCCGAACAAUUGCUUAUUUGCAAUGGGCCUCAUUGGGUGAAAGACUGUCCGGAGAAGAAAGCUCUUACUUCCCUCAUAGCCAAGCAUCAGGAGGGCAAGCCAGCCGAAAGCAGUAGUGAUGAGGCACAUAUGGGAUCAAUGCAACAUACUCAAUGGGAUUCAGUCCGCACCAAAAACCCAAGCCAAAGGGUUGCUCUAUGUUGA